AGCAGUAGCCGACAAAAACAAAAUGGCGGAUGGGCAUUCAUUUGUGAAGAAGACAUUUCAUAAGCCAACUUACUGUCACCACUGCUCGGAUCUACUGUGGGGCCUCAUACAGCAGGGCUACAUUUGCGAAGUUUGCAACUUUAUUAUACACGAACGAUGUGUCACCAGCGUUGUAACGCCCUGUUCCGGCAUUGCGCCAUGCAUUAUAAAGAAUCCCGUCGCCCAUUGUUGGUCGGAACCAACCCAUCACAAGAGAAAAUUCUGCACCGUAUGCCGUAAGAGAUUGGAUGAAACACCAGCGGUGCAUUGUUUAGUUUGCGAAUAUUUCGCACAUAUUGAGUGCCAAGAUUUUGCAGUGCCCGAUUGCACAGAGAAUGCAACAUACGUGCCAGGCAAGGAAUUGCUUAAUGUGAGGCAUCAACAUCAUUGGCGGGAGGGCAAUCUUCCAUCAACGUCCAAAUGCGCCUACUGCAAGAAAACCUGUUGGUCUUCGGAAUGCCUCACAGGCUAUCGCUGCGAGUGGUGUGGCAUGACCACGCACGCUGGAUGUCGCAUGUACCUGUCAACCGAAUGUAAUUUUGGUAUUCUACAACCUAUCUACUUACCUCCGCAUUCAGUGUCGAUACCACGUACAGAGGUGCCCAUCGAGGCGAUCAUAGGCGUCCAGGUCAAAUCGAAGACGUCGCUCGUACGCGACUAUUCUUGUCCCAGCCCGGAGCUCGGUGCAGAGGCCGCGGCUGGUGAAGUUGGUGCAUCGGGUUUGUGUCUCAAGGAGCUCCUCGAGCUCCACAGACAGCGUCUUGAGCAAUCGAAACAACAUUUUUUACUUUCAACGCCGCCCACGCCCACAUCCUGUGGCUCCAUCUCCCUCUGUGUCUCACCCACGCCAUCGCUGACAGUGGGCGACACAAGCAACUCGCUAACCGGCGGCUAUCAGGACCCGGACGAGCCAGAUGCCGAGGAGGACGACUACGAACAGCAGUGCAAUACGACGGAGCCUGACAGCGCCUUUCAGCUGACCACCGCCUCCAGCAAUGUGGGCCCAGGGCCACUGCAAAAGUCCCCGUCGGCCAACUCCUCGUUGCAUCUGCUCUACACGAGUCUGUUCCGCAAGCUGAACCAUGCGCGCCGACGUCGACGUCGCGGCGCCUCGAACAGCGAGCAGGAUGACGACGACGACGAUGAYUUGGAUGGCGGAGUCUGUGAUAUUAGCGGCGGCGACCUGAGCGACGAUUACGAUCAUUGCGAUGUCUCGCUGCGCAAGCGCUGCUCGCGUCGAUCGCCGCGCGACGUCAGCGAGACGGAUUACCAUGGCGACGUGGAGCUGGAGACGGCGCCGCGGGAAAGCUGCUAUGAGACGUCCGAUACGGGUGGUGAACUCACCAAUACCGACGAUCUCGACUCCAGCAUGAAUCUGAUUAGCAACCUUAGCUAUAAUAGUAGUAAUAGUAACACCUCUAACACCUCCGAGCAGCGCCGGAAUCAAGCGCGCUCCACUGCCACAGCCACAGCCGCAGCCUCAGGCGCAGCCAAGGGCAAGGGCCCCGCCCCUGGUCCGCCCACGGCUGAUGCUUCACAUGCCUUAAGCGUGCUCGCCGGCCGCAACCCAAAGACUGCAGCUCUCUUGAAAGCCAAGCCCAAGCCCAAGCCCAAACCCAUACUCAGUGCGCCCAAGCACAAGGGCGGAUCGGUGAGCUCACCCAAUUCCAGCGACUGCUCCUCGGCAUCCCCCGCACCGACCGCGGCGGUCCUGCAGCUGUCCCCUGUGGGCCGCAGCAAGUCGUUCCAGGAGCCGGGCAUCGCCCGCAACAAGAAAUACGGACGCGGUCUGUUCCAGCGUCGACGCUCCAAGCGCUCGCCCAAGGGCGGCGCCAAGAGCAACUACAGCCUGGACAGACUAUCGCAAAACAUUGAGAUAACCAUACAGGAUGAGGAUGGCAACUAUCAGCCAUACGAUGACAACUAUCACAUGCUGUCCGCGGCGCGUCUGCCCCACGAUACGGAUGCCGAUGGCUACGACGAUGUGGAUUACGAGGAUUUGUAUCUGGACGAUCGGCCGCAUAGCGUCGGCGGCGUCGGCGGCCUAAGUGGCGAGGACAUCGCUGGCGAUAUCAGCGAUGGCGCCGCCAGCAGUCGAUCCCGUGCCAGCGAUGCCGAUGGCCAGGCACCGGGUCACGUGCUCGGCCGUCUGCUGCGGCGCGUGCGCGGCCUGUCCGCCGGCUGGCGCAAGCCACGCUACCAGAAGCGCAGAGCACGCAGUAUAUCGGAGGAGUUUAGCAGCGGAGAUGCGCCCCGCUUCAAGGACGAGGAAUCCCUGGGCAAGGGCGAGUCCUCGCAUGGCAUGAACGCCCAAGGCGGUGCCGGUAGCAGCAGCGGUGGCGGAGGCGCAGCUGCUGCCAGCGCCAGCGGCACUGGUCCUGGCUCAGGUGGCUCUUCCACACAGUAUCGAGCCGAGCCGACGGGCCACAAGUCCGAUAAAUCGGAAAAGGACCGAGAGAAAAAGGAAAAAGAACGUGAAGAGAAGGAUAUAGAGAUGAUCAAGGUGUUUGAUGGCAACAACUCAUUCCGACGCCAGCAGUACCGUGCGAUCGUCGUUCAGCGCACAUACACGCUGGAGCAAUUAUUGACCACCGCCUUGCGAGCUUUUCACAUCACACGCGAUCCGCAGGCCUUUUAUCUGACCGAUAUGUAUGCGCCCGCUGGCAUGGAAGACACACCGCUGCAGGAUCCGACGCCCGUGUUGAAUCUGACGCACUUGGAGGGCAAGCGACCGGCCAUCUAUUUGAGGUUUCACGACAGGGACCGGGGACAUGUGCGUGUGUAUCCUGGCAAAUUGCAGUGCUCACUGGAGGAUCCCUAUGUCAAUGUUCCUGUGGAUAAUACAACUGUCAUCAAGGACUUGAUACGCGACGCUCUCGAUAAAUUCGGUCUACAUGAUAACCAAAUACAGGACUACAGAUGCUCGGAAGUCUUGCUCGACCGCGGCGUUACCGAGCGCAUACUCUCGUGGAACGAACGUCCCUGGGAUAUAAUGAAGCAUCUGGGCAAGGAUUCCAUACGACAAAUGGAACUGAUGCGCUUCUACAUGCAGCAUAAGCAGGAUCCCCAUGGACCAAACAUUGCACUCUUUGUGGGCAACCUGCCCACAGGACUCUCGCAGCGCAACUACGAGCAAAUUUUAAACAAAUAUGUGACUGAUGAGAACAAAUUCAUCAGCAUUGGACCCAUUUACUAUGAGUACGGUUCGGUCGUGUUAACAUUCGAGGACGCUCAAAAGGCGGUUCGCGCUUUCUACAACCUACGUGAAACGAUCAUUGAGGACAAAAAGCUACUGGUCUUGCUAUUGCCAAAUAUUGAACCCAGCAUGGUACCCUCCGAUGUCAGGCCACUGUUGGUCUUUGUAAAUGUGAAAUCCGGCGGCUGUCAGGGCCUGGAACUAAUAUCGAGCUUUCGAAAACUACUUAACCCGUACCAGGUCUUUGACUUGGACAAUGGUGGUCCGUUACCCGGGCUCUACGUUUUCCGCCAAAUCACCAACUACAAGAUCCUGGUAUGCGGCGGCGAUGGCACCAUUGGCUGGGUGCUGCAAUGCUUGGAUAACGUGGGCCAGGACUCUGAAUGCUCUAGUCCGCCGUGCGCCAUUGUGCCGUUGGGUACAGGCAACGAUCUGGCACGCGUUUUAUGUUGGGGCUCCGGCUACACCGGUGGCGAGGAUCCCCUAAAUAUGCUGCGUGAUGUCAUCGAGGCCGAGGAGAUUAGAUUGGAUCGUUGGACCGUCGUCUUCCAUCCGGAAGAUAAGCCCGAAGAGCCGGCUAUGAAGGCGCCCUCACAAACCACUGGCGGUGCCCAAAACGAGGACAACUCCCAGAUCUUCGUAAUGAACAACUAUUUUGGCAUUGGCAUCGAUGCUGAUCUCUGCCUGGACUUUCACAAUGCUCGCGAGGAGAAUCCCAAUCAGUUCAACUCACGGCUGCGCAACAAGGGUUACUACGUGAAGAUGGGACUGCGCAAGAUUGUGGGACGCAAAACGGUCAAGGAUUUGCAAAAGGAGCUUCGCCUAGAGGUCGAUGGCAAGGUUGUAGAUCUGCCACCGGUCGACGGCAUCAUCAUAUUAAAUAUAUUGAGUUGGGGCAGCGGCGCAAAUCCCUGGGGUCCGGAUAAGGAUGAUCAGUUCAGCACGCCCAAUCACUACGAUGGCAUGCUGGAGGUCGUGGGAGUGACCGGUGUGGUGCACUUGGGACAGAUCCAGUCGGGCAUACGCACGGCCAUGCGCAUAGCACAGGGUGGUCACAUCAAGAUACACUUGAAAACCGAUAUGCCAGUUCAGGUGGAUGGCGAGCCAUGGAUUCAAAGCCCCGGCGAAGUUGUGGUCCUCAAGUCAGCGCUCAAGGCUACCAUGCUGAAGAAAACGAAGAGUAAACGACGACUUACGGAGCCGCAUAUCUCGCCGGCGGUGCUAAGCCUCUCGGCGGCUGGCAGCACCACGGCCAUACAGAACACACCGCAACAAUCACAGGUGCAACAGCAGCAGCAGCAGCAGCAACAACAUCAGCAACAACAGCAGCAGCAACAGCAGCAACAGCAACAGCAGCUGCAACAGGCGCAACAACAGCCGCAGCAUGCGGCCGAAAAUGGUGACAAGGAUAUUUCAGUACCGCCUUCGGCACCCUUUGGCAGCACAUAGAGUAUAGCCUCGGCAUACGUGUCCGGUGUACGAUAUUGGUUCUCCUGUUUCUUUCCAUAGGCCGACCCAUUACCCAAACAACAUACAUAGAGAGAGUAACGGCAGGAGGAGAAGAAGAAGAACUAAACCAAAUGCCAGCCACAACAUGCAUGAAAGCGCAGAUCUAUAGGAAACCUAACAAAAUGCUACAUACGACUACACAUAUUAUAAGAAAUAUAAACAACCAUCAAAAGAAA